CAGGCUUCAACAAUAAUACUUGACAAAUGUUUAUGUGAAACUCUUUAGAUCGUCCCGAGUCUAGAAAGGUUCUAGAAAUGUUGUCAAUAAAUUUUACAGGACUACAAAGAAAUUUAUCUUACCUCCAUACAUUUCUAGGAAUAUGAUUGGUUAAAAGCGACCGCGUGGAGACCGUGUAUAUUUCAUAUGGGCUUAUAUUGUAGAACACAUAUUUUAUAAAGAUCCAUUUAAACCAGUGUGAACGUUGAAAAUGACUUUUUCGUUACCUUUAUACCAAGAGUCACGUCUGAGCCGACAACACAAAGUUGAUACUCCUAACUCAAAGCUAGAAAAUCCUUUUGAUAAAAGUUCUAGGCUGAAGAGAAAAUCAAUUAUAUUGGCAACAUCUGAGUUUCUGGAAAACAAAAGAGUACGACCUAAUGCGAGUCAUCAAUUUUGCAUUAACAAUAAUAUUACAUCAAGGGACGACGACAUGAAUGCCAAAUGUAUUCUUAAUGAAUGGAAACAACAAAAAGGGAAAGUCAUAAAGUAUACUGAUGCACAGGAAAGUGGACCUGAUCAUGAAAAGUCUUUCCGGGUAAAUGUAUAUGUUGAUGGUGUACUGUUUGGAACUGGUACUGGGUCUAGAAAGAAGGAAGCACAACAGAGUGCAGCAAUUUCUGCGGUUCGACAACUGAGGAUUAACACAGAUGCUGAGGCUUGUAUCAGAAGCGGAAUUGGGACUGAUCCGAAAUCGCAACUAAAUGAGAAAUUACAGGAGCACCAUAUCAGGAAUAUAAAAUACGAGACAAUAGCAAGGACAGGUCCAGAUCAUGCACCAACAUUUAUAGUACAGCUCUUUAUAAACGAUACACUGUAUGCAAAAGGAACGGGUAGUAGUAAACAGAAUGCUGAUCGAUCCGCUGCACGACAGACAUUGAAACAAUUUGAUGAAGGAAUUCUUAGUUUUUCUGAUUUAUCCGAUCAGAAUAACAACGAUGAAAACAGUCAUACCAUUCCAAAAGAUGCAAAGUGUAUACUUAAUGAUUGGGUGCAGUCGAGAAGGAAGUCUAUCGCUUAUGAACAGGCGGAUAAAUAUGGUCCUGACCAUGCUUUAAGAUUUGAAGUUGAUCUGUUCAUUGGUGGUGAACUGGUAUCAUCAGGAUUAGGGACUAGUCUACAAAGGGCAGAACUGGACGCUGCAAACAAAGCAAUACAGCAGAUAUCAGAAGAAUGUGGGGAUUGUUAUCCUACGGUGAAUUCCCCCAGAUAUUUACAUUUGUCGCAUUAUGAUGAACUAGCGAUGAUAACCCAUAAAACAUUUGAAUCCGUAACACACAAUGUCAUCGUUAGUAUCGAUAAAGAAUCGGUGGUAGCAUCAGUUAUCAUGGAGAAUUGUCGGACUGGUCAGAAAACUGUCUUAAGUCUUGGAUCUGGUAACGUAUUUGUGGAUGAGGAAUCUUUGGGAAAUAAUGGAGAAACUGUUAUUGACUCUCAUGCGGAAAUUAUUGCAAAAAGAGGAUUCCAAAGGGUAUUAUAUCAAGAAGUAUACCGUUUAAAAAGAGAAAAAAGAGAUACACUUGGAAUGCUUAAAGUUCUUCCCAAUGGAAGGAUAGCUUUACAAAGUGGUAUAAAAAUCCAUCUGUAUAUAUCAAAGGCUCCAUGUGGAGACGGCAGUGUCUUUACAUUAAGUCAGCCUGGUUCCCAUACUGAUACUGGAAAUAUUCAUAAUCCUAUUCAAUCAGACAAGAAGCAAGGAUUGUUGCGAGCAAAAAUCGCCAGAGGUGAAGGUGCCAUACCGGUAAGUGAGUUACCAGAUGAUAGACUACAUAAGAUGUGCUGUAGUGACAAGAUCUGUAAAUGGAAUGUACUAGGACUCCAGGGUGCUCUCUUGUCCAGUGUAAUGGACAGUCCCCUCUUUCUUUCCUCUGUAGUAGUCGGUGAUGUCUAUAAUUUUAAUCAUUUGUCCAGAGCUUUGUGCUGUCGAGUGAAGAAACAGUCUCCUUUAAUAUCUAGUGUAAUGAGUUCCGUAACAGUUAAUCACCCAGAAAUUGCUAUAUCUACUAUUUGUGAUUUACCCGAGAUAGGAAAAUCUAAGCCAGUCAGUGUGAACUGGAACAUUGUCGAUGUCACAACUGAAGUUACGAAUGGGAGAACCGGAAAAGUUAGCCCUGAUUUAUAUUUAAAGUCAACGCCACCAGAUUCAGGUAUUAAUUCAAGACUGUGCAAGAAAGAACUGUUUUGUCUGUAUAAAGCAAUUCUUCCUUUUCCACGCCUGAUGGACAGACACACAAAUUACCAUAAGGCAAAAAUGUCAGCUGAACAAUACCAAGCCGGAAAGACUAAUUUGUAUCAAACUUUUAUUGAGAAAGGUUAUGGAAAGUGGGCAGGAAGAGAAGAUGUCGAUCAGUUUUAAAACACGUGAACGGAAAUAACUAAAAUGUCGAAGUGACAUUUUUUCCUUGGCUGCAAUGCUAACAAUGCUUGUCAAGUUAUUUUUUCUUCUUCUAGAAAUUCAUUACAACAAGAACAAUAUAAUUUAAAGUUGUAAUAACGUUUGAAAUGUGCUGAUCACUUCAACGUGUUUAAAACAUUGUUACUAUUUAUCAUAAUCCGAUGAAUAUUCCCGCUAUUUUCCACACCUAUAUUGUUUCGUUUUAAAAAGGGCAAAGCCUUAAGAUAUACAUGUACUACAUUGUACUACUUAUUCUCAUUUUUUGUUUAUUAUUUUGUGUGCUAGUCGAAAAGAUGAAGGCAAACAAUUUUCACAACUUCUAAUGCAUGUUAAUCCUACCUAGAGACUUCUAAAAUAAGCUAUCUUUGUAUUUUAACUUCACAUUCUGUACAGAUCAUUAGAUAUUGAAGGUUGGUGACUUUGUUGGUCGCAUCUAUCCCAUUGAAAAGAAAUAAAGGAUACAACAGACACAUUCAAGCCUGUUUCAUAUCUUAAGUUACUGUCUAGAAAUUAAUAAUUGUUAAACUAAAUGUUAAAAUAAUACUGUAGUUGUUCAAUCAUUCUAACUGGGUUUUAUGUGUGUUAACAUCAUUCUAACUGGGUUUUAGGUGAGUUAACAUCAUUCUAACUGGGUUUUAUGUGAGUUAACAUCAUUCUAACUGGGUUUUAGGUGAGUUAACAUCAAUUCGUUUAUUCAUAGUUAAAACAAGACUAAAUGUUUCUCUUGUUAUCUGCAUUGAAAUUCUAUAGAUAUUUGUCCAAGACAUUGCACAAGAUCACGUCUUCCAUUAUUUAUUUAUUACGCUGUUGCUCCGAAGUACGGUGCAUAACGGUAUGAUUUCAAUUUAGCAAGUUUAUUACUUAUUAGCUUGCUCUUAGUAUCUGCAAGCAUUCUUUAAUAUGGUAUUGUUUAUUUUUGUUUUGAUUUUAGGUGUAUCUUUAGCUAUCCAAUGAUUUAAUAUUACCUACUGUAAAAGAGUUUUGUUGACUGUUUAAUGUCAUUUUUAUGCCAUGUUGUUGUCCGUCUUUCUAUUUACCUCUUCAUAUCUUCUUACUUUUUUAUUUUAUUCAUUGAACAUUAUUACAACAUGUAAUUUUGAAAGUUCCAUGUUUCUCAAAUCAACGAUACGAAAAGUCUUAUUUUUUUUAUAAUUUUAACUGUAUCAGGUAGUUACACCAUAUAAUGUUUGUACUUAUUUAUGUCGAUCUGAGAUAAUAAACAUUGCAAUAUAUAA